AUGUGCGUCACCUCCGAAGAAUACUACCUCCACUGUGGCCACGCCAUCCACAACCACAAGCCCUGCCUCACCUCCGCCAAAUACGAUGCUCAACUCUCAAAUAACUUCUGUAAGCGCACGUACAGAUCGACCGAUUUCAAGAUUACCCUCUGCGACCGCUGUAACGUCCUCCUUGGCCACGAAGUCCUCCCAACCCUCGAUCCAGCUAGCCCCUUGGUCUGGAUGAACAAUGUUUAUCGCGCUAGUCUGAUCAUGAAGCCGGAGCCCAGGGAUCAGGCCGUCGACGACUCCUGGGAAAUGGUCGUCUUGAACGAUGCAAGACAGAAGGUGGAGAAGAAGAGAUCGCCGAGUAGGGGAGAACAUGUGCCGCUGGAUCGGAAGUGCAAGGUUGUCUUGCAUGAGAUGAAGCUCGCAAGGUUGUUGCCGAGUGACAUUCAGAAGGAUUUGUGA